CACGCUCACGGGGGGUGUUCGUUGUCGGGCCUGGGCGGGAACCGAGCAAAGCGCCGGCUCGCCGAAUCUGGCCGGCCCUGUGAGGGAGGACCUUGGCUUGAGACAGCAUCUUGCUUGCCCAGAAGCGCACUCCAGAGAAGCCCAUGGAUAAGCCUCUUGAAUCCGACCCACGCCUGCCUCAGGCCGAAACACACCACACGUUUCGUCCAUCGAUGAAGCGACUCCGAUCACAGGAUGGCAGUGCUUGGCACACUGCUAUCUCGCCUGAUUCCAAACCACCGUCGAAGGAAGAUUUCAAGAGGCGAAAGCGGUCGAGCCUUGCCGGUGACGAAUGCAGCGCUCAAAAGCCCGCUGGGUUACCUGCCAAUGGCGCUAUCGAAGAUGAAGACAUAGCGGCUCAAGAAAUCAACAGCGGCAGUGGUUCCAUGGGGGACGACGACGACGACGACAGUCGACUGGGAUCUGUCUCUUCAAAUGGAGAUCUUGAUGACCUGAAUUCUGGCGAGGACCCGCUACUGGAUGGCUAUGAUUCGGAUGCCUACGACUCGGAUGACCUCGAGUCUCUGGCACUGGCUCUGAAACAGCGAGGACAGAGCUUGGAUAUUCUGCAUAUUCUUCUUGGGCUCUCACGACGACCCAAGCUUGCGCACAUCAAUACCAUCGACGAUGCCGUGCGGCUCAUCAAAGAAUCACACAACAUUGUCGUUUUGACUGGAGCAGGCGUUUCGGUUUCAUGUGGCAUCCCGGAUUUUCGAUCAAAGAACGGUAUCUACUCACGACUGGACGAAUUCGAGCUUGAGGAUCCCCAACAAAUGUUUGAUCUUGAAUAUUUCAAGUAUCGGCCUGAAAUUUUCUAUUCAUUUGCAAAGGAAAUCUUUCCCAGCAACUUCAGACCCUCGCCAAGCCACAUGUUUGUGAAGCUACUUGAGGAAAAAGGAAAGCUGUUGAGAAAUUACACGCAAAACAUCGACACGCUCGAGCAAGUUGCGCAAAUUGGAAAUGUGGUUCAGUGUCACGGUUCGUUUGCCACAGCGUCAUGUAUCGUAUGCAAGCAUCAAGUUGACGGAAAGGCUAUCAAGGAUGAUAUUUUGGCCAAGACGGUACCCUUGUGUCCCAAGUGCCCUGAGGAGGCCGACGGCAUCAUGAAACCUGAUAUUGUGUUUUUUGGUGAAAAGCUCCCGCAAUCAUUCGAUGCUGCCUUUGCCGAGGACCGCGACAAGAUUGAUCUACUUAUUGUCAUGGGAUCCUCGCUCAAAGUUUCACCAGUGGCCAACGUGAAAGACCACAUCCCCCGGGAUGUCCCGCAAAUUUUGAUCAACUUGGAGGCGCUCCCGCAUAUGGCCGGAUUUGACAUCCAACUACUUGGAUACUGUGACGUCAUUGUACAAGAGCUCUGCCGGAGGCUCUCGUGGAGCCUUCCAGCCGCGCCACAGUCUCUAAAGGGCGACUCGGUGUCAGCGGUCAACGAAGCGGCACCCGUCGUAGCCGCUCCGUUUACCUUCAUCCCUCCCAACCGGUAUCUCUUCGAAGGCGCGAUUUCGGCCCAAGCUGAUUCAGACGCACAAUUGGAUUCCGAUGAGCUGUCGCCACAACCCACAACUUUUGGUAGAACUGAGAGCCUCGGUGACUUGUCCAACAGCAAUAUGCCGAUCUAGACUCCACGUGUCCAUAGCACCACUGUAUCUGCCAAAUACCACGAGGAGAACUCCCAGCUCUUCUCCAGCAAGGUCGGUGCGCAUUCGUUCUGUUUUUAUGUGCGCUUGGUUCACCUCAAGA